GAUGGUAUGAAGAAAUUUGAAAUUAAGUAUUUUAGCCACUAUACAGCACUGAAUUGUAUAUGUACGAUUUUGAGUGUUGUCACAGACUGAGUUUUGGCAAAUGAUAGCAAUGGACGAGCAGCGCGGCGAUAAAGUCUAUGGCGGUUGCGAGGGGCCAGACGCCAUGUACGUCAAACUGAUUUCGUCAGAUGGACACGAAUUUAUUGUAAAACGGGAACAUGCUCUCACCUCUGGCACAAUUAAGGCAAUGUUAUCUGGCCCAGGACAAUUCGCGGAAAACGAGGCUAACGAAGUGCACUUUCGGGAGAUUCCAUCGCAUGUCUUACAGAAGGUGUGCAUGUACUUCACAUAUAAAGUUCGAUACACCAAUAGUUCAACCGAAAUACCAGAAUUUCCGAUUGCACCAGAAAUUGCCUUAGAACUUUUAAUGGCAGCUAAUUUUCUAGAUUGCUAAGUUAUUGGUUAACUUAAUAAUGUUAAAUAACAAAUUUUCAAAAUGAAUAAAAAUGUAAUAUGGUUUGCUGUAAUUGUA